ACAUUUCACUCUUUCAAUUUACAUUUUUCACUACAACUCGUUUUCUUCCUUUAAUCUCUCUAACAUCAGUUCUGUAUUCAUUUCCUCUUUAUAAAACAUGGCAGAUAUUAAGCAACCACAAUUGAACGGAGCAUACUACGGUCCCGCCAUUCCACCACCAGCACAACCCCGUCCGCACCACCACCGAAGCAGAAGCUGUUGUUGCUGUCUCUUCAGUUUCUUCUGGAAGCUCCUUGUCACGCUGAUCAUUCUUGCCGGUCUCGCAGUCCUUAUCUUCUAUCUCGUUGUUCAGCCCCGCCCCUUCAAAUUCUAUGUCACAGAAGCCAACCUAACUAAAUUCGACUACACAAACAACACAAUACACUACAAUAUGGUUCUCAAUUUCACAGCACGUAACCCAAACAAAAAACUCAGCAUCUAUUACGACAAAGUUGAGGCUCUAGCGUUCUACGAAGGCUCCAGGCUUACUAAUAAUGUUGAUGUGAUCACACACAUGAACUCGUUUCGCCAAUAUAAGAAGAGCACUGACCCCAUGAGCGUUGUUUUCUCAGGACAAAAACUGAUGGUGCUCGACAACGAUCAAGUCUCAGAGUUGAACGAAGAUAAGAGUGCUGAGGUUUAUGAUAUCUAUGUGAAACUCUAUUUCAGGAUUAGAUUCAGACUCGGAGAUUUGAUAUCUGGUGAUUACAAGCCCGAGGUGAAAUGUGAUCUCAAAGUCCCUUUGAAUUCUAACAAGACCGCUGCAACGUUUGUGCCCACCAAGUGCAGUGUUGAUUUCUACUGAUGUGCGCUUCUGAUUGGUUUCUUGGAACAUAAGUAAUAUUUCGGAUUUUAUUUGUUUAUGUUUUUUUCUUCUUUUUCUAUGUCAUAUUUGUUAUUUAUUUUUUCAUUCUUUGGGUGUACAUCACUAUCAUAUGUUUCGAUCAAAUAAACAAUUAUUUACUUUAGUUCUCUAAUUAACCUGUUUGUUAUUAUUAGUUUAAUUAAUAUGGCACCAUAUUCCACCAUGUCGCCAUUUAUUCUAAGAGUUUCCUUAAAAAAAAAGCACACUGUUUUUUAAAAGAUGUUCACUCAUCGAUGUCAUAUUUUAGACAAAUAAAGAUGAUUUUACAUUUCAAUUUA